UCCAUCCAUCCGUGGAGACGCGCAUGCUGCAACCGCGUUAAAAAAAUGCGAAACCUGAGGUUCUAUAUCCUAUGGUUUUGCGGCUGAAGCUGAAACAGCGCUCCCUCCUGUGCAACUACUCCCUGUGACAGCCGUUGCUGUUUGAGUUUCAGAACCAUGGAUGCAAUUCACGAACCCGAAUUUCGGCCUUGGAUCGGUGAAACCAUGUCACCGACAGAGUUCAAACAAAAGUGGACGGACGCUUUGAAAAACGAGCAACACGACAGUGAUCAGAACGUUCGAGAAGCUAUCAUGCAACUUAUGAACAUACCGGAGUCUGUGUUAAAAACACUGGAGGCCGACUGCAGCCCAUCUACUCUGUGUUGUGGAGAAGAAAGCAUCGACAUAGCAAAUCUCCCGAAGUACGACGACCUCAUGACUCUGAGGCUGCAGAGACAAGACCUUGAGAAGCGAAAAGAUGAUGAAGCAUAUCGUAUGAAGACGUACCAUUACUUUCGCAAGGUGUGCUUCCUUUCAAAAGUGAACAUUACGAAGCAGAAAACUCAGCUGAAAUUUCCAGAAGAAGAACGUGUUCCCAGCAAUGAGGUUGUGCUGAUAGCACAAGUCUUCAAACCUAUCAAAAUGCCUGUGGGAAUAAAGAAAGUGCGCAUGGGCGCUCACUGCUUUUCUUUCAAGAUUCAAGUAGAAUUGGCAAUGCUCAGCUGCCAGUCAUUGCGUAGCUUGCGUGAAAAAAUUACAUGCAUAUCAGACGCUGCUGUCCUUGGAGACUUCAGUGAAGACCCAGACAAAAUUUCGGACCAACGAGCUGUUGAGCUGUACAAGUCGGGCUUUUUUUACAUAGGGAACACAUUCUACAAUGACAUGAGUGAUCCAUCAUGCAGAGACUACAGCGAGGUAAUACUAGAGUGGGCGAAGAAUCCCCGACGCGAAAUAGGUCCUUUUAAGACUGCAGACAUGGCGAAGACUAAACUUGCAGACCUGGAGCUGCGUCUGGGAUACCCCUAUGUCUAUGUUCACCAAGGCUACUGUGAACACCUAGUGGUCUUCUCCGACAUAAGGGUGCUUCACCCACAUGACAGCCAAAACAUGUUGGACUACCCAGUGGCAUUGAAAACCUUCCCAUGUGGCAGGCGGGUGUUCUGCAUGCUCUGCCACCAGAGCACAGCUAUAUGGGUGACAUACGAGAACGAACGUGUCAGUGAUGACCCAUAUUUCUUCUGCGAUAAGUGUUUUCGGUCCUACAACUACACCCCGGACAAUAAGAAAAUUGAUUCUGCUGCCACGCACCAGCGAAGCACCGUAUAAUAAGAGUAACGCACGCAAAACAGACACUGACGCCAAGGAAACUACCAAUAAAAAGGUUGCCUCAAAGCACAUUGUUUCUUGCUUUUCAAGCGAAGCUUGUAUUGGCUCACAAGUGCCGUUGUCGUGGUCACACAAAAACACCCAGUUAUUCCCAGAGCAGAGCAGCUGCAGGAAGGGGUGGUCUGAUGAGUUGACAGCUGCAUCGGUGCCGAAGUGCAAGUCAUUAGCAAGAAUUCCAGCUGCAUAGGCGUAGGCGCACACUAGCGCAACUAAUCAGAGCAGUUUCGCUUUCGCAGGGGAGGGAAAGGGCAAGAGUAACAGAAGAGUUAGCAUCUAAUGGGGACCCUUUGAGAGAUUAGAAACCACUUACACAUGAGUUUUUACGAGAGCAACCAAUGGAAAAAGACCACGAGACAAAACCAAAACUAACCAUCGCACGCACUCCCUGGUGCGGAUGCGCAAUCGGUCGCUGAAUGCCAGCAUUAUGAAGCCAUGGAAUGAAAACCAAGAGACUAUGGAGCAAAAAGAAAAUUCCUUGUAUCCACACAGGGUGGCAGCACUUGCUGGACAACGAAUAUUUGAAAAUCUGGUGCAUUUUAGUGUGAAAGCACUACUGGGCCACCAACCUGUGAACUGGGAUCAUCGUUGGGAAUGUCUCAAGAGAUUCCUUGCACCAAGUGCAAUGAGCUCGGCGACAGAGAGAGCGGGAAUCGACAGACGAAGAUAAGGCCAAGCAAUUGCGACUGCAGCAACAUGGCAUUGAAACGUGCCAAAAAAUGAUAGAAGCGAUUGGGAGCAGCAGACUGCACAAGCAUGCCGAGCACGCUGACGGAACGGAUCAACAGCAACAAGCCCGACUAGCUGCAGAGGUUGCAUACCAGCAUCGCAGGGCUGAGGAACUUGCGUCUUUGGAAACGGCUGCAAUGGCAAUCUUCAAGCAGGACUUCAUCGACAAACCAUUUGGCUUAGUAUGUUCUGCAUGUGACAGACUGUGGCACAGGGAGGACUUGGACUGCGUCAUGGCCCCCAUGUACGCUACCUUGGCUUUGGGCUUUCCUGACCUUUCCUUUCCUUUUUUUUUCUUUAUUUUACAAAAAUGUUAAAGUUCACGAAGGAUUUAGCAAGUGAGCCACUAAAAACCGCAACAAAGUUGCUAUGCGGAUUGGAUUUAGAUUCCACCAACUUUGUGGCCACACUUUCAAGCAAUAUAUUUCCUAGGUUUUGCUGAAACAAUAUUAAGGGACAUUUAAUUAAAGGCCUUGAAUGUGGUGUGCUUUGCUGUCAAACUUCUCAAGGGUUUCAAAUACUGCCCCAAGCUCAGUCAUUCAUGUUCCAAUCUAACUGUACCUGUUUAAAAAGUGUGUAUCUGGGUAUGAAGUGUACUGAGCAAAACAAUUUAGUGGUCAGCAACAUUCGCAUGCAGGGUGACCUGAAAAACCCGCAGAAGAAACACUGGUUUGUGCAGAAUUUUCCAAAGCUUCACCAUGAGGACUGAAGUAGCAUGGGCAGCCCACCGUCCGAAGAUAGUGAUUUCUUGUUUCCCACUUAACAGAACAACAAAAUCACUAGUCUUCCAGACAGGAGGCACCGCAGAUGUGGCCGGAGCUUUCAUCACACGACGUUGAAAAACGCAGAAGCAGGUGGUAACUUCCAAGUCCAGGAAGUAGAAAGCACUACAAUCGCACAUGCACACAUGUGGAAGGAAUGUAAUAGAAAUCCAAAAAGUAUGCAAAGAUU